CAACAAAUAUGGCGGAGAGGAGCAGGACGGCAGAGACGGGCAGUGCCAUUGGAAGUGAUGACAUCAUAGCAGGGAACGUGAGCAAGUACAUAGUUCUCCCAGCUGGUUACUGUGGACAGCCUAAAAAAGGACAUCUCAUAUUUGAUGCCUGUUUUGAAAGUGGGAACCUUGGCCGUGUGGACCACGUCACAGAGUUUGAGUAUGACCUCUUCAUUAGGCCAGACACCUGCAACCCACGCUUCCGAGUCUGGUUCAACUUCACUGUGGAAAACGUGAAGGAAUCACAGAGAGUAAUUUUCAAUGUUGUCAACUUCAGUAAAACAAAAAGCCUCUACAGAGAUGGGAUGGCUCCAAUGGUGAAAUCCACAAGCCGUCCAAAAUGGCAAAGAAUCCCCUCCAAAAACGUGUAUUACUACCGCUGCCCAGACCACAGGAAGAACUACGUCAUGUCCUUCGCUUUUUGCUUCGACCGAGAGGACGACACUUACCAAUUUGCCUACUGCUACCCCUACACCUACACUCGCCUGCAGCACUACCUGGACAACCUCCAGAGGAGGAACAUGGACUAUUUCUGCAGGGAACUGCUGGGGCUCAGCGUGCAGAAACGGCGGCUUGACCUCCUGACAAUAACCAGCCCCGCAAACCUGCGUCCAGGGGCUGAACAGAAAGUGGUGUUCAUCACUGCCCGGGUCCAUCCUGGGGAAACGCCCUCUUCCUUCGUCUGCCAAGGUAUAAUUGAUUUCCUCGUCAGCCACCAUCCAAUUGCAAAAGUACUGAGAGACCACCUGGUCUUCAAGAUUGCUCCCAUGCUCAAUCCUGAUGGAGUUUACCUAGGAAAUUACAGGUGCUCCCUGAUGGGGUUUGAUCUGAACCGGCACUGGGCAAAUCCCUCUCCGUGGGCUCAUCCCACCCUGCACGGAGUGAAGGAGCUCAUCAUCGACAUGUACAACAACCCGAAGAUUAACCUGGAGUUCUAUAUCGACAUCCAUGCCCACUCCACCAUGAUGAAUGGCUUCAUGUAUGGGAACAUCUUUGAAGAUGAGGAAAGAUUUCAGCGACAGGCUGUUUUUCCCAAGUUACUCUGUCAGAAUGCUGAAGACUUCUCUUAUUCCAGCACGUCAUUCAACAGGGAUGCUGUGAAAGCUGGGACAGGCCGGCGCUUUCUUGGCGGGCUCUUAAAUGACACAUCCUACUGCUACACCCUGGAGGUCUCCUUCUACAGCUACAUUUUGGGUGGAACUGCUUCUGCCGUGCCCUACACCGAAGAAGCCUAUAUGAAGCUUGGAAGAAAUGUGGCCAGGACAUUCUUGGAUUACUACAGGCUGAACUCCUUGGUGGAGGGACCUCUAGUACCUACCCCUAAAACUCGGUAG